AUGAUGCGGAGAAUCAUCAUAGCUCGAGGAAUCACGCAGGCAGAUGACAGGAAAGUAUUCUUUUUUAAUCACAUUGGUGCAGCUGCUUAUGAAGCGCUGGAAGUUGCCAUGAAUGGUGACAAUAUGGACUCAAAGUCCAUUGAUGAAUUUUGCACCGUUUUGACGGGCUUGUUCGAAUCAAAAGGUCUAAUCGCAGCCACAAGGCAUUGGAUUUUUACUGCAAAACAGCAGUCAGACCAAAAUUCAAAACAGUUCAUCCAGCAGGUGAAAGCUUGGUCAAUGAAGGCCAGUUUCGAAGUGUCCAGAACACUCGAGAUUUCGUACAGGUUCAAGCCAUAAUUGCUGGACUGUCGAAUCGCAAGAUAAAGGAGAAACUCCUGGAAACAACCGAUUUGACUAUGAGCAAAUUGGAAGAGAUUGUGGACUUGCUGGAAGGCACACAAUCAGCCGCAAGUCAAAUGGCAGGAGCCAGCGGCCCAGGUACUAUUGCGAUGCUGGAUAGGCGUCGCAACAUUUGUAUUAAUACGACCUGGUCGUAG